AUGGCAAAGACCCCGGGUACAGAGCGAAAACCCGCCGACGGAAGUACCGGAUCAUCUAUUCCACGUCGAAGGCGACUCAAAAUUGCUGUUGCAUGCGAUUUAUGCCGCUUAAGAAAAGUCAAAUGUGAUGGUGUCCGUCCAGCUUGCGGAAAUUGCCUAAAACGGGUUGCUUUGGUUGAGCCUUGUCAUUAUAGCUUAAAUCCAAGCAACUCGGGUCCAAAUGUAUCGCAAGAGGAUCCCUUCUCGACAUGUCAGACUCUUAGUGACUUUAGCAGAGUUGCCGUAGUUAAUACUAGUCACUCCUCCUCGGAUGGCUCCAUUAAUUCGGGACCAGAUAUCCGUCGCCUUCCGCAACCAACCCCUGUGAUCUCGUCCCCUUUGCAAAGGCUCCCAGCUCCGGGAUCACAAGCCCUCCAUGUGGAGGUUGACUCAAUGACUGCUGUGGGAGAAGGUGGUAAUACGCGAGAAUACUUCGGCAGCAGUAGUGCGGGAUCUUUUACUAGUCAAAUAAGGAUUGCCAUUGAUGCACGACUAGGUCUAACGACCGCAAACAAUGCAAGUCAUAUUCUCUGUCAGGCCCUCGCACCGGGUCAGAGACAAAGUUAUCACCAACAAGCGACUACAAAAGAAAUAGAUUACUCCUUGCCUCCCCGAAGACAGGCUGACGGCCUUUUAGAGAUAUACUGGCGUUAUGUUGAUACACUUUACCCCUUUUUAGAGAGGGAAAGCUUCGAAAGUUCUUAUCAUGGCAUAUUCAAUGGUACUCCAAUACAAACUGACGAGCGAAUAUUUAUGGCAACUUUGAAUGUUGUACUUGCUCUAUCAACUCAAUUACAAGAAACGCUAGGCACGGAGCAGAGAGAACAAACAUGUAGGACAUUCUUCAGUAGAGCCCAGAGUCUCGUAAGACUUGAUAUUUGGGAUAUUGGUUCAAUAGAGCUUUUACAGUAUCUUCUACUCCUCAGCCAAUAUCUUCAGAGUAUAACCAACCCCCAUCAGACUUGGAUGGUUGUGGGAACUGCAAUUAGAAUCGCGCAAGGACUUGGUCUCCACCUACCACAGACGUCUGUAGGGCUGAAGAAUGAGAAAGUUAAAGGAUUGGUUCAACGGUUGUGGCACGGAUGUGUCCUCAUGGAUCGUAUGACUUCGGUCACCCAUGGCAGACCAACUAUGAUAUCCGGCCAUGAUAUCUCACCUACCUUAGGUUCCCAAGAUAUAGGAACUUUAUGGGUAAGUAGAAGGGAUGCGGCCGGAUCACAAGGAAAAAUACACAUUGAUCCCUCGGCUUUCUUGAUUAAUUCGCUAGAACUUUACGAGAUCAUUAAUCAGAUUAUGCGAGCAUUUUAUACUUCAGAUCCAACUAUCAGCGAAAGUCCAAGCUCAUCACAUUGUGGCCCCGCUAGUAUGAUGACCACCGACCUUAUUACAGUUCUUACGCUAGACGACGCCCUUAAUAGACUGGAGAAAAAUCUCCCGCUAUAUUUGAAGUUAACUUGUCCAAAUAUCUCCGAGGAUGAAAUACUUCAUAGGAAAGCUGUCAUCUUGCAAAUUAGGUUCUUGCAUGCUCGUAUGCUACUCCUUCGACCGAUCCUUGCAAGAUUCUGCCUGUCCCAGAGCCAAAAAGAUAGAUCAUGCGAUAAAGAAAGCUUGGGUGAUCGUAUGAUGGAGCAGUGCGCCCACGCAUGUGUUGUCAGCGCUCAAAAGAUGAUUUCUAUUAUAAGCGAGCACGAAAGUGUUGGUCGCAGCAUCACGCUGCUGCCAGCAUGGUGGUAUCGGGUUUAUUACAUAUAUACCGCAGCUACUAUCCUCCUGGCCGCAGAACUCCGUGUUGAAAUCUUUGCACACUCUAGUAUAUCUGAACAUUGGAAUAUGGCAAUGUCGAGUCUUAGAUCGCAUGAGCAUUUUGGCAUUUCCGCACGCCGUUGCGUAGCCGCUCUAGAAAUCCUAUCUUCGAAGAUACUUCAGGGCUCGAAUAAUCCUGGAGGUUUAGGCGCUACUGCUGGAGGUCAUAUAGAUCAAUCAAUCUCCACUAGUGAAGUAUUGGAUAGGUUUCCCGAGGAAUCUAUGGGAGAUAUAGGGUUUGAUAUUAGUAGCUUCACUUUUGAUGUCAACAAUUAUGAAUGGCUCAAUAGCAUGCCUGGAGGUAUCUUGUAA